UAACUGAGAAAUUAAAUCAGUUUUAAAUCGUGUGCUGAGCGGAUCGUUCGCCUUCGGUUUGUUGUUUUAGUGAAGAUACUAGAGAAUCUUGUGAGAAUGUACCAGCGGCAGGUCUCCUUUGAUAAGCCAACGCGCGUUGAGGAUUCGGCUUAUAUAGUCGAGGGUGUGGACAUUCAGGAGGCCAGGAACACCUGUCUGCUGUUCUCGCCCAAGGAUUCCUCGCUGUCCAGCGGCGCCUUGGCUAAUAUCUUGGCCAUUUUCAAGAAGCACGACAUCAACCUGGUGCACAUUGAGUCGCGAUCCUCGCUGCGUGUCCCCGGCUAUGAGUUCUUCGUGGAGGCCGAUGGCAAAUCGGGAGCUUUGGGCAGAGCCAUCGAGGAUGUGAAGGAGCAGUGCAGCUACUUCAACAUCAUUUCGCGUGACUACAAGGAUAAUGCCACGGCGGUGCCCUGGUUCCCUCGGCGUAUCCGCGACCUGGAUCGUUUUGCCAAUCAGAUUCUGAGCUAUGGCUCUGAAUUGGACUCCGAUCAUCCUGGGUUUACCGAUCCGGAAUACCGCAAGCGUCGCAAGUACUUUGCCGACAUCGCUUAUAACUACAAGCACGGCGAGCCCCUGCCCCAUGUGGAUUAUACCAAGGAGGAGAUCGAGACAUGGGGCAUUAUCUUCAGGAAUCUGACGAAGCUCUACAAGACCCACGCCUGCCGGGAGUACAAUCACGUCUUUCCCCUGCUGGUGGAUAACUGUGGCUUCCGGGAGGAUAAUAUUCCCCAGCUGGAGGAUGUCUCGAACUUUUUGAGGGAUUGUACUGGCUUCACUCUGCGUCCCGUGGCAGGACUACUCAGUUCUCGGGAUUUCCUGGCUGGCCUUGCCUUCCGUGUCUUCCACUCCACUCAGUACAUCCGGCACCCCAGCAAGCCCAUGUACACACCGGAACCGGAUGUCUGCCACGAGCUGAUGGGCCACGUUCCACUCUUUGCGGAUCCAGCCUUUGCCCAGUUCAGCCAGGAGAUUGGCCUGGCCUCCCUGGGAGCACCCGAUGAUUAUAUCGAGAAACUGUCCACAAUCUUCUGGUUCACCGUUGAGUACGGUCUGUGCCGCCAGGAGGGCGAGCUAAAGGCCUACGGAGCUGGCCUGCUGUCCUCCUACGGAGAACUCGAAUAUUGCCUCACCGAUAAGCCCCAGCUGAAGGACUUUGAGCCGGAGGUCACUGGCAUCACCAAGUAUCCCAUCACGCAGUUCCAGCCCCUCUACUACGUGGCCGAUAGCUUUGAAACUGCCAAGGAGAAGACCAUUAAAUUUGCCAACUCUAUUCCGCGUCCCUUCGGUGUUCGCUAUAAUGCCUACACCCAGAGUGUUGAGGUCCUCGACUCCAAGCCACAGAUCUCGAAUCUGAUGGACAACAUCAACUCCGAGUUCCAGAUUCUCCAGAAUGCCAUUACCAAGCUGCGCGUUUGAGUAGAAUCGAUAUAAAUUUA